AUGGUCAGUAUGAAGCUUCCGCCGCAGCCCACGCGCUCGACGAUCACGGCCACGACGAGCGCCGGUACCCACGAGCUGAAGGGGGAGGGCUACUCCGUGACCAAGCUGCUCGUCGCCGGGGAGCACAUCGAGUCCAGCAAAUUCAGGGCGGCGGGCCACGAUUUUCAGAUCUGCUACUACCCGCACAGGUACCAGAAGAAGGACUGCAACGCCAGCAUCUCCUUCCUCAAGAUGGCCGAGGCGGUCGCCUCGAACGUCCGCGUCGAGUUCCGGUUCAGCCUGGUCUCUCGCCACGGCGGUGAGCCUGCACGUUUUGCUGGUCAGCGCCGCGUGGUGACGUUCCCUGACAAGCACGAUGGCGUGGAGUACUGGGGCCUGGAGAUCUCGAAGAAGGAGCUUGAGCAGUCGCCGGAGUACCUGUGGGACGACUCCUUCGUGCUGCGGUGUGAGAUCACCGUCGUCGACAAGCCGGUCGUGAAAAGCCACGACGGCCUCGCCGUCUGCCGCUGCAAGGAUGACUUGUGCAAGCGUCGUCACCUGAGAAACACGGCGGAUCGCGCAUCAUGGGUCAAGGACGUAGUCGUCAAGCACUUCCUUAGGUGUGUCGGCAUAUGA